CGGCGCGUGCGCGGUGCUGUCGGUCGCCCUUCCGGUGCGCCGGAGGACAGGCGGGACGGACGUGGGCACGCAAUCCAGCACGCACACCCUCCGCUCGCGCCGCCGCGGUCGUUCCCGCGUACACCAGCAGCGCCGUCGCUUCGGCAGAGAUGCUACGGGCUUGUCAGUUAUCCGGCGUGACCGUCGCGGCCCAGAGCUGUCUGUGUGGGAAGUUUGUGCUCCGUCCACUACGACCAUGCCGUAGAUACGCCACUUCAAGCAGUUCUGGGUUGACUUCUGGUAAAAUUGCUGGAGCUGGCCUUUUGUUCGUUGGUGGAGGAAUUGGUGGCACUAUCCUGUAUGCCAAAUGGGAUUCCCAUUUUCGGGAGAGUGUAGAAAAAACCAUCCCUUACUCAGACAAGCUCUUCGACAUGGUUCUUGGCUCUGCACCUUACGCUGCUCCAUUGCCAAAGAACUCUAUUGAGUCUGGUCCACUAAAAAUCUCCAGCAUAUCAGAGGUGAUGAAAGACUCCAAACUACCCAUGGCACAGACCCAGAAAGAGAAUGGAGACGCUCCGCCUUCAGCAGCAGGUGAUACACUUUUGGUCCCAGACCCUGCGGUUCAGCAUGAAGACGCUAUAAAAACCGAUUCUCCCAACAUUGGUGAAGAAAAACUCACAUCUGUAACCUCAGAGGAAGCAUCCUCAUCUUCUGUAAGGGAGCGGCCACCUGAAGAAGUUGCGGCUCGCCUAGCACAACAGGAAAAGCAAGAACAAGUUGAGAAGGAGUCUCUAGUCAGGAGUUUAGAAGAUGCUCUGAGCCAUACUGCACAUGUCACCCUUCAGGCUAUUACGGCCCAGAAUGCUGCAGUACAAGCUGUCAACGCACACUCCAACAUCCUGAAAACAGCCAUGGACAACUCUGAGAUUGCAGGUGAGAAGAAGUCGGCCCAGUGGCGAACAGUGGAGGGUGCGUUGAGGGAGCGAAGAAAAGCAGUUGAUGAAGCUGCUGAUGCCCUUCUCAAAGCCAAAGAAGAGUUAGAGAAGAUGAAAAGCGUAAUUGAAGAUGCAAAGAAAAGAGAGGUUGCUGGGACCAAACAUCAGAUAACUUCUGCAGAGGGGAAACUUCACAACAUGAUAGUUGAUCUGGAUAAUGUGGUCAAAAAGGUUCAGGCUGCUCAGUCAGAGGCGAAGGUGGUGUCUCAGUAUCAUGAACUUGUGGUCCAAGCAAGGGAUGACUUCAGAAAAGAACUGGACAGUAUCACUCCAGACAUCACUCCUGGAUGGAAAGGGAUGAGUAUUUCUGACCUAGCUGACAAGCUCUCUGCUGAUGACCUGAAUGCGCUGCUUGCUCAUGCCCAUCGUCGUAUUGAUCAGCUCAACAGAGAGCUAGCACAACAGAAAGCCACAGAGAAGCAGCACAUCGAGCUAGCCCUGGAAAGGCAAAAGCUAGAAGAAAAGCGGGCCUUUGACUCUGCGGUGGCAAAGGCAUUGGAGCAUCACAGAACUGAGAUACAGGCUGAGCAGGACAGAAAGGUAGAGGAAGUCAGAGAUGCCAUGGAGAAUGAAAUGCGGACCCAGCUUCGACGGCAGGCAGCUGCCCACACUGACCAUUUACGAGAUGUCCUCAAGGUGCAAGAACAGGAACUAAAGUAUGAAUUUGAACAGGGCCUGUCUGAGAGACUGUCUGAGCAAGAAUUAGAGUUUCAUCGUCGCAGUCAAGAGCAAGUUGACAACUUCACUCUGGACAUAAAUACCGCCUAUGCCCGGUUAAGAGGAAUCGAGCAGGCUGUUCAGAGUCAUGCAGUUGCUGAAGAAGAAGCCAGAAAAGCCUACCAGCUCUGGCUUUCAGUGGAGGCAUUAAAGUACAGCAUGAAGACGUCAUCAGGAGAUAUGCCUACCAUCCCAUUGAGGAAUGCAGUUGAGGCCAUCAGAGUCAGCUGUGCUGACAAUGAGUUUACCCAGGCUUUAACUGCAGCCAUUCCUCCAGAGUCCCUGACCCGGGGGAUAUACAGUGAAGAGACCCUAAGAGCCCGUUUCCAUGGUGUUCAAAAACUAGCCCAAAGGGUAGCGAUGAUUGACGAAACCAGAAAUAGCCUGUACCAAUACUUCCUUUCCUACUUGCAGUCCCUACUUCUAAUCCUGCCUAAGCAACUGAAGCCUCCGGCAGAGCUCUACCCUGAGGAUAUAAACACAUUUAAAUUGCUCUCAUAUGCCUCCUAUUGUAUUGAGCACGGUGACCUGGAGCUGGCAGCCAAGUUUGUCAAUCAGCUAAAAGGGGAGUCCAGAAGAGUGGCACAGGACUGGCUGAAGGAGGCCCGAAUGACCCUAGAAACUAAGCAGAUAGUGGAGAUCCUGACUGCAUACGCCAGCGCCGUAGGAAUAGGAACCACUCAAGUGCAGCAAGAGUAAGGCCUAGGAAGAGUUGUGUAAUGUCAUUUCAUAUCAAAGAAAAUCAGCAUUGCUAUUUACAGGGUUUGCAACAAGGGUCCCAGAAUUGUCUAGACGUGAGCAGGUUCCAAGUCCUGUGUGAGAUGUUAACACCUGUUGCAUUUACCGUCCUUAUACUGCUAUCAUGCCAAUGAACUCCAGGAGGCUUUAUUUGCAACUUGUGUAACACUUCCUGUUUCUCAGGUUUUACUGAUCAGGCUUGUGAGCCACUCAAAAUAAUGUCUGUGAUCCCUAUUAUUGAUUCUGCCCUUGGAGCAAACUGAAUAAAGCAACACGAUGAAAACUGA